GGACCGUGGAAUAAACCAGUUUCCAACUAGCUGUCAGAAUUCUCUCUGACAGAGCGUUGAUUGGUGUCGAUAGGAGCGAUAUAGCGUUAAAUUUUAUUUAAUAAUAAUAUGAUAUACGUCGAAUUAUUUUGUUAGCGUCGAAUUAAUUUAUCCAUAGCUGUACCGCUAAUCUGAAUCAACUGAAAUGACAUCGAAGACUGAAAUUACGUUGGAACAUUUUUAUAUUUUCAAUGGAACAUACGCAAAGAAGGAAGGAGAGACACAAUUGCACAAAAACACUAUCGACAUGUAUUUGUCUGUACAGAUGACUAAAGCUCGUGAUGAUAAACGAUUUUUGUGACUCACAAAUUAUCAUAUCAGAGAACAUGUGCACUAGAAAAAUCCAGUUACUAAAAUGUUAUUCAAUUAUUUAUGGAAGAGAAAAAGAUUCUGUACUAUUAUCCAGUUUCAACGGAUUCGGAAACACAAAUAAAAAAUAUCGGACUUGGAGAGGCGAUCAUUAAAUUUACCCAUUUUCUUUUAAUCGACAGAUCCUUCAGCCCCGGACAAACAUGUGAUUACUGUCAUACUCACAAAACCCGACAAAUCUAUUUCGAACCCGAGCCAGAUUUCUGGAUGGUUAUGAUUGUAGGCAUACCUUAUCUUUGGAAGACCAAAGACGAUACGGAAUAUAUUGAGUAUCAGCAUGACGAAGUAUCGAGCAGCGUAUGUCAAGCGAUCCUAAAACAAACUUACGCCAUGUUCAAACUGUUCAUGGGCUCUUUUAAUACCAUUUUAAAUGACCCUGAUUGCGGUUCAGUUCUUUUAUUAAAACAUAAACUGGAUCACUUUUACUCAAGGUACCUGCCAUCUCUGAAAUUGAACAACAGUGACAUUUUAGAUGUUUUUCAAGGCUUGCAAUUUUUACCAUUAGACAAGACGACGUUUCUCCACGUUCAAUGUUUUAUGAAUCUCGUCGAAGCAAUGUUUUCUCAAGUAAAAUACACCGCUUUCCUAUACAAUGAUCAACUAGUCUGGAGCGGGCUGGAGCCUCAAGACAUGCAAGUUGUUUACAACUAUUUAGUAAGCACAUUGUUACCAGCUCACCUUGAAACUGAAUUACAUGGUGGAUCCAUGCCUCGUAAUUCUCCAUCCCCGUUCACAACCUCGCACUACGGAAAGUUCGUAACAGGUCCUAGCAGCAUUAAUGAACCCAGUGGAAUUGGCAAAUUACCCAAAGUGUUCAUAAAUUAUUCCACAACGCCAGUUUCCCUGUAUUUAGUAGUGUAUCGUGCACUGAGUGCGACGAUAUGUUUAUUUGUGGACAGCAAGACCAGCUUGCUUAUGGAUCUUUUUAAAAGCCUCGACACGUUUCUCGGGCCCCAAUUAACCACGCUGGUCAGUCUGGUGGCGGAACAGUGUUCAAAGCACGUGUCAUUCAGCGCUGAAUCAUGCCCGAAGUAUUUGUACUUCAACAAGCUGAAUUUAGCCUAUAAAAGCACGAUUCAUUUGGAUAAUAGACGCUGUUCUAACGUAUUAACGACACCUGAAGUGCUACGGAUAAUAACUGAUAUAAAUAAUGAUACAAAAAAAUUCAAAGAAGCUGGCGAAAUCGUGAUAAAAACAAUGAGCGAAUACUGGGUUGUUGGCAAAUUAUCGAACUUGAGAGAAUUUUUUGUUGUUACGCAACAGAAAAAUGCUAAUUUAAUUGAAAUUGAUGAUGAAGUAAGGCGACUCUGUGAUCAACAAUUGAAAAGUAUAUUCUUCCACUAGUGUCAAUGAUCAAUCAGGUACAGUUCUAACAUUGAGUUGGCAAUCAGAGUCCACGAUCAAAUUAAUUGCUAACUAAUAGUUUCUGAACCUUUGAACAUUUCGCUUGACUUAAUAUCAUCCAACAACCUGCUUGAUUAUACGUUUAUGUAUAAUUAUGCAGUCGGAUUGACAGGUAUAUACAAAUGUAUAUAGGUAAUAGUGGAUUACCUCACCUGUGCUGUACAGCAACAUGUAAUAUAGUAGAUAACAAAAAUAUUCAAAAAAUAAUACCUAUUUACAUCAUAGUGCAAUAAAACUGUACUGACAUUA